UCCCCCAAUCUCUCUCUCUCUCUCUCUCUCUCUCUCUCUCGGCAUAACAUAGUUCUCCAUUAACCAAGAAAGUACAGAUAAUAUUAACUAGUCCCCUUUUUCUUAAGCAUCAUAAGUUUUUAAGGAUUUUAUGGGGCAUUUGCCAGUUGUUCAUGGCAGCCACGACUUCAAUGAAACUGAGGCAUAUUUGACUUGCUGGAGGGUGGAUUAGGGCAUCCAAAUCCAUACAAUAAUCAUAGAAAUAUGCUGCGUCUCCAGAUUCUUACCUGGUGCCACAUGCAGGCAAGCAAACAAAUCUUCGACGAUCUAACUCAGAAAGUCAAAACAGAAAACUAUCCGUUUGUAACUAUAUUCCAAAGUUAUAUGAGCAUAUAAAAUAUAAGGGCUUCUCAUUAUUUAGUGUUGGCUCUUCAUCCAACCACCAAAUCAUUCAGACUAAUUCAUAUUGCUGUUCACUUACAGCUAAGGCAACAAAAGGACAUCAGCUACUAGUUCCUCACAGCUACUAGAAGAACCAAAAGGAUCUUGACAUUUCAUGCAUAAUACCCAGAGAAGAUGUUUAAGCGAAGCGAGAAAAAGAUCAAAGCUGUCUUCAAGAUGCAGUUUCAAGCAACACAGGUGCCACAGCUAAAAGCAAAAAGCCUCAUGAUUUCUCUGGUUCCGGUAGAUGUAGGAAAGCCAACAGUCAGAUUAGCAAAGGCGCCAAUCGUCGAAGGGAUCUGCACCUGGGAAAACCCUGUGUAUGAAACUGUCAAAUUGGUCAAGGAGAUAAAAACAGGGCGAAUCAGAGAAAAAUUUUACUAUGUGAUUGUAUCAACAGGGUCAUCAAAAUCAGGCUUUCUGGGAGAAGUCUCCAUUGAUUUCGCAGAUCUAGCUGAGGCUACCAAACCAUUGAAUUUAACUCUCCCUUUACAGACUUCAAAAUCGGGUGCAGUAUUACAUGUCACAGUUCAGAGGAUGCAAGGAGGGCCCAAUUCAAGAUACAAUGAAGAAGGUGAAGCACCAGCGGAUGAAUCAUGUGAUCAAAAUUCGGAUACAGAAACGAAAGAUUCUUAUGGCUCUGGGAAGAGGAACCCAAAAUCUCCUGAAAGUGAUGACUUGAGCGAAGAAACAUCUCUGCAUGACGAACAAAAUGGAAGCUUAGAAGAUGCUGAAUCAAGAGAUGGAGUACAAGAGGCUUCAAAUGGUACCGGAAGGUUGACAAAUCAAAUGAAAAUGUUAGAAAGGAAGGCAGAACUUUCAGAAUUGGAAGUACAGUCCCUCCGGAAGCAAAUUAUGAGAGAAACCAGGAGGGGACAGCAAUUAUCCGAGCAAAUUGUUUGCCUAAAAGAGGACAGAGAUGCACUUAAAGAAGAAUGUGAACGACUUAAAUCCUCAUCAACAUGCAAGAAUGCGGAAACAGUUUCAAGUCAUAUACACAAAGAGACGGAAACUCUGAGAAGUUCAUUGGAAAACAUAAAGCAAGAGCUUCAACGUGAGAAGCAAUUAAAUAAAAAAUUGAAGUUACAACUACAGAAGACAGAAGAUUCAAACUCUGAAUUUGUUCUUGCAAUGAGAGAUCUUAGCAAAAAGUUGGAUCAAAAAAAUACAGAAAUAUCUAGACUUUCCAGCAAAAUUAAGGCCUUUCACAGUGGAUCAGAGGCCCCUGCAGCAUCUCCCAGAACAAAGAUGAAUCAGAAUGAAGAAACUAAAGCAACUGAAGACCUGGCAAGCAAGAAUGGAAAUGCUGAUGAAGCAGAAAUGUCGAAGCAGAAUAUUGAAAACCUCUAUGUCGAAAUAGAAGUCCACAAGAAAGAAAAGGCACAGAUAAAAAUGGAUAUAGAAAGGCUUACUCUGGAUUACAGAAGUCUGGAGAUGGAAUACAAGGACAUAUACUCCAAACUAGAGCGAACCGAAAAAGAAAAGAUGGAUAUGCAACACAAUUAUACAGAAUCCUUGGCUGCAGUGAAGCAGUUCAAAGCCCGGGUAGCAAGCUUGGAGGAGGAAAACAAAAGGCAUGCACUUCAAUACUCUGAAUCUUUGAAUAUGAUUGAUGAGCUUGAGUUUCAGGUUGAGAGCCUGCAGAAAGAACUGGAAAAGCAGGCACAAGUGUUUGAAGAAGACCUGGAAGCAGUAACUGGGGCAAAAGUUGAGCAGGAGCAGAGGGCCAUACGAGCUGAGGAAGCAUUAAGGAAGACAAGGAGGAACAAUGCAAAUGCCGCUGAGCGACUUCAGGAGGAAUUCAAGCAGAUUUCAGCAGAAAUGUCAGUAAAAAUCGAGGAGAACGAGAAACUAGCUCAGAAGGCAGUUACAGAAGCCAACAAUUUGCGCCAGAAAAAUGAUGCUCUAGAAGAACUUCUCCAGAAAGCCAAGGAAGAACUUAAAAUGAUAAAAGACCAAUAUGAAAGAUUACUUCAAGAGCGUCCAGAACAAAAUGAAGGGAGCUCUGAAAUGGGACACCGGAAACAUAUUCUCAGAGAUGAAUCUGAACAAAUGAAAACAAAUAUUGAAGAAUCAGAGAUGUUCAAGAAAUGGAAAUUGGAAAAGGAAGAUCUGGAGAGACAAGUGACUUCAGUAAGGAAGGAAGCAGAAAAACUAAAGCACGAAAAUAUUUCCAUGAAAUCUCAGAUAGAUCAGAAGAAGACAAAAGAAGAAAACUUGCAUUUAGAAGUGAAAAAGCUGAGACUCAAGAAUAAUGAAGUCAAAAAUCAUCUGCUUGAACUGGAAUUGGAGAAAGAAGGCCUGAAGAAGGAGGUGUCCAAGUUACAGGGUGGUUUAUGCAAGAAGGAACAGGGACAGGAGAAAGCUGCACUACAAGAUUCUGUCACUCCAACAGUGAAAGAAAAGAGAGGCUUAGAGGACCUUUCUUUGGAAAGGAAUGGCCAAUCCAUUGGUAAUUGUGAUGUUUCCAGCUUAUUAAGUGAAGUAGCAUCAUUGAAGGAAAGAAACAAAAGCAUGGAAGAAGAAUUGAGAGAAAUGCACGAUAGAUAUUCAGAAAUAAGUCUCAGAUUUGCAGAGGUAGAAGGUGAAAGGCAACAACUUGUCAUGGCACUUCGUAAUCUGAAGAGUGGAAAGAAAAAUUAGCUAAUUGGAACUAUGGUGAAAGCCUAUAAAGCAAUUAGCCACAGUUAGUUUGAUAUGUACAUUAAUAAUCCUUUUCUAAAAGCAUAUGUAUGUGCAUUUUUGUUACUCGUCUUAUGCUUCGAAGUCUUGAACAAUACUAUACAGAUCGGCGAUGUCAUGAUUCUUUUCAUCAAAUGUUUGCAAUCUCAAUUUUAGCAUAUGGUCCCUUGCAACAGACUACAAAAACCUCUUCAAACUUCAAUU